AUGUGGGCUCGUGACAGUUUACCCCCGGCGAUGAUAAUCUUCCUGACGCUGGAUGUUAUCGCCGUUGGCCUACGAGUGUUCGUUCGGACCCGUAUGAGCAAGUCAUUCGGCUACGAUGAUUGGGCCAUGUUGCUUGCUGUCGCGGGUUAUAUCACACUCUGCGGCCUCACCUUCACAUCGAUUGAAAAUGGAUACGGGUCUGCAGAAAUUAGACCCGAAUGGGAUCCCAUCAAGGCUGUCAAGUUUUUCGUCGCUUCAACAUUGACCUAUGUCAUUCUCGUUUACGUCGCUAAGGUCAGCGUAGCCCUAGUUCUGUACCGAAUUGCAUCCAACAAUAAGCCAAUCCGGAGACUACUAGCCGGCUCUAUAGUGGUACUCACAAUAUGGACUAUCGUUACCAUCCUCCUAGUUGCUCUACAGUGUACGCCUCUCUCCGUAGCCUGGGGUGAAGGCACUGGGACCUGUUUGCCGGCGUACGUGUUUGCAAACAUUGGAUAUUCUGUAUCAGCUAUGGAUAUUGCUUCGAGCUUUUUAUAUGCGGGUCUUCCCAUUAUACUGCUGCGAAAUGUUCAGCUAAGUACGAGAAUGAAAGCGUCGGUUAUUAUUUUGCUUGGAUUAGGUGUGGUUAGCUCCAUCGUGACCGUAAUCCGGCUUAAGGGGUUUAUCGACGUGAGCCACCUAACGUCUGCAACCGGUGUCGAGGCUUCUAACGCUUACCUUGCAACAUUCAUUUAUUCUGUUAUCGAACUCGGGUUGACGAUAUUUACCGCGUCACUUGCUGCUCUGCGGCCCCUGCUUAAGUUUCUGCCAUUCGGGGCUUCUAGUAACUCAAAGAAAGCCCCUGGGCUGCGCAUGGAUAUGGGCCCUCCUGUCAAGUUAGAUGACAUGAACACGACAGGUAGUCAGGAACACAUCAUACCCCCCGGACAAAUCCAGAAGAUAACCCAUUACCAGGUCGAUUACGCGGAUGUCUAG